AUGGUAUUUCCUCUCGAAGACACUGCUUUUAUGACCAGACCAGACAAUCCUAACCAUAGCUUCACAGGCGACAUCGUCCGUAUUGCUCCAAAUGAGCUCGUUUUUAUAACGCCCCAGGCAGCAAAAGAGUCUUUCGUCCAAGUCGGGUAUGAUGCGUUGGAUACAGGCGACGGUGGGAUUUCCGGCGAGACAAAUCCCGUGAAGCACCGCGAGAUAGCAAAGAAGCUCGCACCUGCUUUCAGCACGAGGAACUUCAAGGCAAAAGAGGCGGCUGUGCAGAGGCAUAUCGAUGCCUUUAUCCAGAAAAUGAAGGAAAUCGGUGCAGGGGAAAAGGGUGCCGAGAUGCAGUGUUGGACAGACAGGCUGGGUCUGGACCUCUCUUUUGACAUGACAUACAGUCGUGUUCUAGGCCAGAUACGGGACAUGAAGGACUCAACCCUCCUGAAUGCCACUCUGAAGUUGAAUUUUUUCCUGACAAUGAGCCAGAUCACCAGAAAGUUCCGCCUGUUCAGCCCCUUCAUAUACCUAACCAUCCCGCCAUCCGUGUGGUUCAUGAUGCCGAGACUCAUCAAGAUGAACACGCAAGAUUUCAAGGAGCGUAUCGACCGCCGCGGCAAGACGGAGCAUCUAGAUUACUUCGAGCAGCUCGUCCCUGCCGACCAGCCCGCUCCCGAGGACAAGAAACAGCUCUAUAACCUGGAGAACGUGGCAGGACAACUGCUUCUGGCGAGCUGGCAGCCUCUAGCUAACCAGUUCUACUCCUGCAUUCUUUUUCUUCUCGGGGAGCCGGAUGCCUAUGCAGCCCUGGUGGACGAGAUCAGAAGCUCGUUUGCAAACUACGAAGCUAUUAGCAGCGAGACGAUAGCGAGUCUAAAGUAUCUGCAGGCAUGCGCACAAGAGAGUUUCCGGCUUCACCAAGAUACUGUUGAUGGUCUGCCGCGUGUGAGUCCUGGGGCUAUGGUAGACGGGGUAUACAUUCCCCAAGGUGUUACCUGCCAGAUCAGCUACUUCACGGCAGCAAGAAACCCUCGCUUCUUUACCGAGCCGCUCCGAUUUCGUCCACAGAGGUGGUUGCCGGAAGACCACCCAAAGUACGAUCCGAAGUACAGAGACGACAAUCUCAAGGCCUCCAAGCCAUUCAGCCAGGGUCCGAGAGGCUGUCCUGGCGGCGCUAUAGCCUCGGCGGUGCUUCGACUGUUUCUUGCAAAGGUCCUGUGGCAGUUCGACCUAGAGGCUGUGCCGGCUCAGCGAGGUAUUUCAUUUGAGAAAGACUUCAAGUUUCUCACGUUUUGGGAGAGGUCGCCAUUCUGGGUCCGCUUUAAGAUCGUCGAAAGGGGAGACUAG